AUGAACUACACGGAACUAAAUUCCACUAUAUGGAAUGAAACUAUAAAGAAUUUGUUUGAAGGAGAUGAAUCGUUUUAUGAUAAACUAAACAAUUUUUCUUGCGUUUAUAAUUUACCAUUUUAUGUCAUUAACUCGAAAAAAUUUGGGAGAAAAUUAAAUAGGACAAGUAACGAAAUUUUAAUAUCUGAAAAAAUUUAUAAGAAAACUUGUCUAGAAAUAACAUCUAGAACAUCGCCUCAUUGUCCAAACAGAUUUUUGUUACUCAACAAAUACUACCGACUAACAUCAACAGAAGAGUUUUGCAAUUGGGUGUUCUCGGGUUCAAUCAACUAUGAUUACAGUUAUUAUUACAACUUCACUUGCAACACAGAUGAGAAAAAGGCCUCUCAACCUACUUCAAUCCAAGUAAAAUUCUACCCUCAACUUUACAGCAUGAAUAGAUCCAUAAAGAUGAUUCCUAGUAGUCUGAACUACAUUUACCAAAUUCCAGACGUUUUGUAUCCAAUGCAGAUUUACACUAAUGCAAUUAUCAAUAAUGUUAAUCAAGUUUUUUGUAAAAAUUUGUACGUAAGACCAAAUGACUGUUAUCAGGGUGGAAUUCAUAGACCAUCUUAUUCAGAGCUGCUUAAACUUCCGCAAUACGACGAAGUUUAUCUCAUUUCUCAGUACUGGGGAGAAGGGUUUUUCCACAGCAUGAUAGAAGAUAUACCACGACUUUCUUUGUUUGUAACGUUUUUAAAAAAGAAUCCGCAAAUAAAAAUUUUGUCGAUGGAUUCAAACCGAAGAUUUGUUAAAAUAUUAAACAUAUUAGGUUUGAAUGAGUCUAGAUUAGUGUUCGGUAAAAUUAGAACAAAUAUUGCUUACGUUCCAAGAUCAACGCCAUGUGGGUCCGCUAACAUUAUAGAGUUGCAGUAUCUACACAGACAAUUUCGAAACUACAUUUUGAAAAAGUUGGUUAAGUCAACUUAUCAACCAAGAGAUAAAUUAAUUUUGAUUAAAAGAACUGGAAAAAGGCAUUUCCUGCACCAUGAAAAAAUAUCUUCUUAUUUAAAUAUGACAGCUCAAGAAUACGGCUUCACGUAUCAUGUCUACACAGACAACCCACUCCCAUCGCUCAAUGAAACUAUGUUAAUUUUUGGUUCUGCCUCUAUCAUUGUAGCUCCACACGGAGCUGGUUUGUCAAAUAUUUUGUUUUCCCAGCCUGGUAUAUUAAUAAUUGAAGGAUUGUGUUAUCUGCCCAACAUUAACCUUUGCUACCAGCGGACAUCUCACAUAUUGGGCAUGCAGUGGCAUGGACUCCCGUCCAAAGGUUGUGGAGGUCAUUUGGACACUAAUGCAUCUUUAAUUGAUGCAACGUUGAGAAAGUAUCUAAAUGUAAUUCCUUUGAAUGAAGUAAUUGUUAAUAAAUAA